AUGAAUAGUGCACCGACAAAUUCUGUCAGUUAUAUCGCUAGGUAUGAUUCUGGGGCAGCCCGUAAUGGCAUAGAGAACAAAAAUACUAACGAGAGAGGAUCAGGAGCGAUCGUCGUUACAGGUAUACUUUCAGUAUGUUCAUUGGAUGCUAUUGCUUUAAUUGAUCCUGGAUCAACCCAUUCCUAUGUGUCCUCAUACUUUGCAAUAAGGUUUGAUAAGUUGCCAAAAUUGUUGAAAGAUCUCUUUUUAGUUGCUACACCAGUUGGAGAAUCUUUACUGGUCAAGCGAGUGUAUCAUUCUUCUCAAAUUUAUGCUCAAGGGAAAGGCACAUUAGUAUAUUUGUUUGUGCUUGAUAUGGUGGAUUUUGAUCUAAUCAUGGGCAUGGACUGGUUAGCUUCAUGCCAUGCAAUUGUGGAUUGCCAUUCUAAAAUAGUUCACUUCAACAUACAUGGUGAGCCUAGUUUCAUGUUACAAGGUGACCAAGUCUCCCCUCCAAAUAAUCUGAAAGCAUUCAUGAGUGCAAAGCGGAUGCUAAGCAAAGGUUGUCAAGGCUUUGUGGCAUUUGUUAAAGAUAUGGAGAUUAUGGUACCAGAUUUAGGAUUUGUCCUUGUUGUUAGUGAAUUUCUUGAUGUGUUCCUAGAAGACCUACAUGGAGUACCUCCGGAUAGAGAAACUGAUUUCGGCAUUGAUUAG